CGGACGUCCUUCAAUAAAAUAUCUCACCCGUUGCACUUGACUUCGUCUUCGUCGUUCCAUUAUUUUACAGAGAGUUCGUCAACGGGUUUCCUUCCAAGUUAAACACUUGAAUCCGAGACUAUGCAUAUGCAGCGAAGAGCUUAAUGAAGGCCAUGGCAUACAUGGAUGCUGAAUUGUACAAAUCCGCAGCAGAGGGCAACACUGAUGCCUUAAAAACAUAUGCAGAAAGUCUUGAUCUUUCACUGACUCCCAAAAAGAACACAAUCUUGCAUAUCCAUUUAACCUCUCCCAGUAAGAGAUGUACGCACUUUGUGAAAGUGGCACUUCAAAUGUGUCCCAAGUUGCUGUGGCAAAUCAAUCUCAAUGGCGAUACCCCCUUGCAGAUUGCAGCAAGAUAUGGGCAUUUCGAGAUAGUGAAAUUGCUAAUUGAACACGCCAAGCUUCCUAAUGAAGAUCUAGAGAGCGGGGUAGGAGCUGUCAGACGGAUGCUGAGGAUGCUGAAUGUUAAAAAAGACACAGCUUUACAUGAAGCAGCUCGAAAUCAUCACCUUAAAGUGAUGAAAUUAUUGACCCAUCUGGACCCUCAUUUUGAAUAUCCUGCAAAUGAUUGCGAUGAAACUCCACUUUAUCUGGCUGCAAGAAAAGGGCAUCUCUACAUGGUUAUUGAAAUGUUGAAAACUUGUCAGUCUCUGUCUUAUCUUGGCCCCAAAGGCAAAACGGCUUUACAUGCUGCAGUAUUGAGCGGCAAUCGAGGGAUUGUGUGGGAAAUAUUAGAAAAAGAAAGGGAAUUGGCCUUCCAAGUAGAUGAAAAUGGAUGGACUCCACUUCACUAUGCUGCAUAUGGGAAGGAUGAUUUAGGUGCUUUUGUUAUUGUGCAGAGGCUAUUAGAAUAUGGUAGAUCUGCUGCCUACGUUGUGGACAACGUCAGUAAAAGGACAGCUCUUCACAUUGCAGCUUGCAGAGGAAAUGCACGCAUAAUGAGACAGAUUAUUUCUAAAUGCACAGAUUGUUGUGAACUCAUCGACGAUAGAGGCUGGAAUGUUCUUCAUUACGCUGUGAUUAGCAAAAGUGAUGAAGCCUUACAAGAAGUCCUCCGAGUCUCUUCGCUGAUUGAACUUAUAAAUGAGAAAGAUAGCAAGGGCAAUACUCCUCUCCAUCUACUUGCUGUUUCUCGCCCUUACUUGCCUUCUUUCAUUUGUGAUGGAGAAGGAGAUCUCAAUGCCUUUUACAAACAGCAUGUGCGCUCUAGAGACAACUUAAUUGCAGAGCUUCAACACCCGAAGGAAAGAAUUUUAGAGUGGAUGGAAGAUCUGGGUGAUGGACCAAUGGGCCAAAUUUGUAUAAACAAGAAACGCAGUUGGGAAAUACAAGAUUUAGGAAGCGGACCAAAGGAGGCAAAAGUCCUUGCUGAAUUUGAGAAAUCAAAAGACUCGUUUUUGGUAGUGUCAGGACUUGUAGCAACCGUAACAUUUGCAGCAGCAUUCACAUUACCAGGAGGUUACAAAAGCGAUGAAAAAGACCCAGAUCAAGGCACUGCAAUUCUAAGCAAAAAUGCAGCUUUUGAAGUAUUUGUUAUAUCAGAUUCAAUAGCCAUGGUUCUGUCCACUUGUUCUGUUUUUAUUCAUUUCAUUGUGAUGCUACUUGGAUAUCAAGAAAAAUACUGGUGGUUAAUCCGAUCAGCGCUUUUGUUCAUCAUGUUCGCAAUGGGAGCUAUGGUGGUUGCAUUUGCCACAGGCACAUAUGCAGUUUUAUCACCUUCCUUGGGGCUUGCCAUUGCCACUUGUUUCAUUGGCCUUAGUUUCUUUAUCUAUGUGUUUUACAUGCUGAAAAGGUUAUAUAUCAAACAUCUAGAAAAAGCCUAUCUAGAAGCUGUGACGAGUAUUUCCAGAAUGUGGAUUAAAAUCCGCUUGUGAAGCCCUCUUUCAUCCUAGCAUAGCAAUCCCCAAAUUAUGUUUCAUUGCCAUGAAUUUUUCUUUUAUGGGCUUUACAGCAAACAGCUUUAAAAAGUUUCUAUCCAUGGCAGCAAACUAUUGAGCUUUUUUCUUUCUUUCUACAAUAUAUGUAAACUCCUGGAUGAUAUAAUGAGUUGGUUACAAUGUCUAAUAAAAAGUUGAUUAGCAGUUGUUUUUAUUUA